GAGGGGCCGCUUUCCCGGUGCUGCGUGUGCCUGCAUCCUUGCGCAUGGCUGCCUCUUCCCCGGCAGCCUUCGGCCGAACCUGUUUGCCGAGCAGCACAGCACCAUGUGACUCCAGCCCGGAGCUGUACUGAGCAUGGGCGAAGCCAUCUGGGCCGCGGUGCUCCUUUCGGAGAACAACAAAGCCAGCGGGAGCAGCCCGCUGACGAGCCUUUUUUGUUUCCGCCCAGUCAAGCGGCUGGGUGCUCUUUUUCUCUGGCCCUUUGAGCAGUGGAGACCGCUCCGAUUCGUGUGCAGGGCUCACGGCUCUGGCAGCGUCGCAUCGCCGGCCCCUUGAGCGCACCCCCCUUCCCGGGCCUUCAGCAGCGGCGGAGGCAACUGUCAUGUGAGGCCGAGUUUGCCCUGGCCAAUGAGGAGCCCGCAGCACAGCGCUGACGUCAGGCCCAGCGCUGCGCUCUCAGCCUUUUGGAGUGACUUGGUUGCCCGGGCGACGGAAGCACAUACUCCCUAGACUGGCUCACCGCCCUGACAUCAAGGCUUGGAUGUCUCUCUUGCCGCUUCCAGGCUGGAUGGUAGCAUGGAGGGGAGAGGCCUAUAGCCCUGCAGAAGGAGCUGUCAACCACUAAGCAAAUGGACAUCAAAGGCCAGUACUGGACUGAUGAUGAUUCCGAUGGCGACAAUGAGUCAGAGGAAUUCUUAUAUGGAGUACAGGGGACCUGCGCGGCGGACCUGUACCGGCACCCGCAGCUGGAUGCGGACAUUGAGGCUGUGAAGGAGCUCUACAGUGAGAAUUCUGUGUCUGUCCGAGAAUAUGGGACCAUUGACGAUGUGGACAUUGACCUGCAUAUCAACAUUGGCUUCCUAGAUGAGGAAGUGGCAACAGCCUGGAAGGUCCUCCGGACCGAGCCCAUCGUUCUGCGCCUGCGGUUCUCCCUUUCCCAGUAUCUGGAUGGCCCCGAACCAUCCAUCGAGGUUUUCCAGCCAUCCAAUAAGGAAGGGUUUGGACUGGGCCUACAGCUGAAGAAGAUACUGGGAAUGUUCACAUCCCAGCAAUGGAAGCACCUCAGCAAUGACUUCCUCAAGACCCAGCAAGAAAAGCGGCACAGCUGGUUCAAGGCCAGUGGCACCAUCAAGAAAUUCCGGGCUGGUCUCAGCAUCUUUUCACCCAUCCCCAAGUCUCCCAGCUUCCCUGUCAUCCAGGACUCCAUGCUAAAGGGCAAGCUGGGUGUGCCAGAGCUGCGUGUCAACCGUCUCAUGAACCGCUCCAUCUCCUGCACGAUGAAGAACCCCAAGGUGGAGGUGUUCGGCUACCCCCCCAGCACCCAGGCAGGUGUCGCCCCAUUCAACAUCCUGGUUGGUGGCCACUGCAAAAACAUCCCCACCUUGGAGUACGGGUUUCUUGUCCAGAUUAUGAAGUAUGCAGAACAGAGGAUUCCUACGCUGAAUGAAUAUUGUGUGGUUUGUGAUGAACAGCACGUCUUCCAGAAUGGAUCCAUGCUGAAGCCAGCAGUAUGCACACGGGAGUUGUGUGUCUUCUCGUUCUAUACUUUGGGCGUGAUGUCCGGUGCUGCGGAGGAGGUGGCUACAGGAGCAGAGGUAGUGGACCUCCUUGUGGCCAUGUGCCGAGCAGCCUUGGAGUCCCCGCGCAAGAGCAUCAUCUUUGAGCCUUACCCUUCCGUUGUGGACCCCAGUGACCCCAAGACCCUUGCCUUCAACCCCAAGAAGAAGAAUUAUGAGCGACUGCAGAAGGCCCUGGACAGUGUCAUGUCAAUCCGUGAAAUGACCCAAGGUUCCUACCUGGAGAUCAAGAAACAAAUGGACAAGUUGGACCCUCUGGCCCAUCCUCUCCUGCAGUGGAUAAUCUCCAGCAACAGAUCUCACAUUGUCAAGCUACCUCUCAGCAGGCAGCUGAAAUUUAUGCACACCUCACACCAGUUCCUCCUGCUGAGCAGCCCGCCUGCCAAGGAGGCGCGCUUCCGGACAGCCAAGAAGCUGUAUGGCAGCACCUUCGCCUUCCAUGGCUCUCAUAUUGAGAACUGGCAUUCCAUUCUGCGCAAUGGGUUGGUCAACGCAUCCUACACCAAGUUGCAGCUGCAUGGAGCAGCCUAUGGCAAAGGCAUCUAUUUGAGCCCCAUCUCCAGUAUUUCCUUUGGAUACUCAGGGAUGGGGAAAGGGCAACACAGAAUGCCCUCCAAGGAUGAGCUCGUGCAGAGGUAUAACCGAAUGAACACCAUCCCCCAGACUCGUUCCAUCCAGUCCAGGUUCUUGCAGAGUCGCAAUCUCAAUUGCAUCGCACUUUGUGAAGUGAUCACGUCGAAGGAUCUUCAGAAGCACGGCAACAUCUGGGUGUGCCCGGUGUCGGACCACGUCUGCACUCGCUUUUUCUUUGUGUAUGAAGAUGGCCAAGUCGGAGAUGCCAACAUCAAUACUCAGGACCCCAAGAUCCAAAAGGAGAUCAUGCGUGUGAUUGGCACUCAGGUCUAUACAAACUGAGGGGGUAGCACACUCCUUUCCUUCAGCACGGGCCAGCGCGACCCCUGCCACCCCCGCCUGGGUGGAAGGGGGCCAGGCAUCAGAGGCGGCGGAAGAAGCAAGGACCACCCUGGCAGGAUGAGGACCAAGACGCACAGGGGCCACGGGGUUGCCGGCCUCACUUCUGGGCAGCCGAGGCCCUGGCAGCCCCUCCGGAGGGGUGCCGGCUGCUUCACCCAGCCUGUAUGUAGAGUACCGAGAGAGACUUGGAGGGCUGGACUUGGAACCAGCCCCUCGGAUGGUUGGGAUGGCUGACUUGGCACUCCCGCGUUUACAGUGAUGAUCUUUUAAACAAUGAAAUCAAGCAAAAAAGAAAAAAAGAAAAAAAAAUUGCGAGAGAGAGUGAGCGAGAGAGCGAGAGAGAGCGAGAGAGAGCAAAUGGUUUUAGCUUAUUAAAAUACUCUUUAAAAAAAAGAA